AUGUAUUGGAGUCGUGUGGCAUCCCCCAAGGGCAUCGCCCCGCCGGUUCGUGCUCCACAUCCCUUUUACUUGACGCGGGGAGCUGGGACCCCUGAACCGCACGGCGUUCACAUUUGCCACAAGGACGCAACCGCUUGGAACCAAGUGAGCCCCGGCCCCGAGUCUCUCAGUUUGACGACGCCGCACUUUCCAUUUCAUCCUUUUGCUGUUCCAACUUGGUGGAUCAUGGAUUGCCCACAACUUGCGCCCGAGGACUUUGCAAAGAGGAAAUUUGACUUCAUCAUUGUUGGUGGUGGGACCGCUGGUCUAGCUGUUGCUGCCAGGCUGUCCGAGCACCCAGGUUUUACGGUAGGUGUUCUUGAAGCUGGGUCGCCGGCAGUUGGUGAUAACGCCGUGGAGUUCCCUGGACUAGCCGGUCGGGCACUUGGUACCCCAUUGGACUGGGGGUUUGAGACGGUGCCACAAAAGUUUCUGGGUGGGAGAAGAUUGCCAUGGGCCCGUGGAAAAGUCCUUGGGGGUUCCAGCGCCCUGAACUACAUGACCUGGAAUCGUGCCGCACGUCAGGACUAUGACGACUGGCGCGACCUUGGCAACCCGGGUUGGGGAUGGGACAACCUCCUACCGUUCUUCAAGAAAAGUGAAUCUUUCCACGAGCCGGGUGAUAGUGUCCGAAAAGAAACCCCCGUGUCACUCCACGAUGGAGUUGUUGGGCGCAGCGGUCCUAUCCAGGUCUCCUAUCCGCGCGAGUUUACCGCAUCUCACAAACUUUGGCAUCGUACCAUGAACUCGCUCGGCGUCGAGACCAAUCACAACCACCUUGCGGGUAGCAACAUCGGAUGUUGGACUAGUGUUGUUUCUGUCGAUCCCGAGGAUAUCACGAGAUCAUACGCUACAACAGCGUAUUACAAACCGGUGUCGUCUCGGCCAAAUUUGUUUCUCUUGACGGCGGCCGAGGUCCACGAGGUGUUGUUGACUAGGGAGGGAAAUGCCCCUAACCCCUGGAAGGCCGAGGGCGUCCGGUUUUCCCACGGCGGCGUGGAAUUCUCUGCUUUUGCUGCCAGAGAAGUCAUUCUUUCUGCCGGCUCCAUACAAUCUCCCCAGAUUCUGGAGUUAUCCGGUGUCGGUGUGGCUAAUACCCACCAAAAUAAAGCCACGACAUCCGUCUUCGAAGUCAACCCAAGCCUGGCUAAUCCUGAUGAUUUGCGACUCGACUCGGUGCUUGCGGCAGCCUGCGAGGAGUACGCCGAAACAAGGACCGGCCCCUUAACCAUUCUUCCUGUAUCCGUCUCAUACGUCCCAGCUGCCCGGUAUAUCCGACCAGACACCCUGAAUAUGCUGCUCUCUUCGACUGCGGCAGACACUUCGGAUAGCCCGACAGCAGAACGCAGCCGCUUGAUUCGUCGCCGCUUUCAGAGCCGGUCCAAUAUGCUGGGACACGUCGAAUUCAUCUUUGACUUGGGUAACUGGGGCAUUGACAAGCCUCCUCUGACUUCAGACGGGAAAAAGUACGGGAGCUUGCUGCAGAUUUUGCAGUACCCAUUCUCAAAGGGAAGCGUUCACAUCCAACCUCCGGUCGGAGACAGCAACCCAAGGCCGCGCCUCGCCAUUGACCCCCAAUACUUCGGCGGCAGGGAGGGCCAUUUGGAUUUGGAGAUUGCGCUCCGGGCCCAUCGGUUCGCCGAAAAGAUCUGGUCUGCUCAGCCGUUGGCAUCCAUCAUCCGGGCGCAAGUGCAACCGUCGCUAGCUGAAACAGGGACCGACGAGGAUCUUCGUUCGUGGUUGAGGCGCGUUGCGACAACAGAUUGGCAUCCCGUUGGAACUUGCGCAAUGGGAGGGAGUGCGGGAUCGGCCGGAGGUGUUGUCGACGAAAGGCUUCGUGUCUAUGGGGUCAAAGGAUUACGGGUCGUCGAUGCCAGCGUGAUGCCGUUACAAAUCAGCGCACAUUUGCAGGCGACGGUAAAUAGGGGGCAGUGCACAAAGGCUCAGAGAAGAAACACAGUCAACGCUUCACUCGAGCCCGUAAUGAGAGUCUUGAGAACUCCGAAUCCAUGUUUCAACUUCCUUGAAUCACCAUAUUUCAGCAAGAUGCGCUCAAAUCAGAUUCAACGACAAGUGCCAAGCUUGCCAUAUUAUUCUCCAUGUCGCUGCCCUCCGGCGCUCCAUUGGGAGUCGACAACAAGGCUCCGACGGAAACGCUUUUCUCCUAAAGCUCCGAGAGCCAUUCGCAGUGUUAGCUACCCCUGGAACUUGCGACAAGCAAAGGCCGACACCAUGCUCCCUUACCACUCCCUUUCGCUCUGGCUCCUCGCCGCUUCGUCGGCCCUGGUGCACGCUUCGCCGGCUAGUACACGACCCGAUUUCAGCAAUAUCAUUGAACGAGCCGUGGCCGCAACCUCUUCCUCAGGAUGCGGCAAGACCCCAUUUUCCUCUGGCACGAAAUCGGUCACGGUGAAUGGCAAGCAGCGACAGUUCAUCGUGCGUGUUCCGAGUAACUAUGACCAGAGCAAACCGUACAAGCUCAUCUUUGCCUUCCACUGGGUUGGGGGAACCAUGCAAGACGUUUCGAGUGGCGGUACCGACAAGGAAUUGUGGUCGUAUUACGGCAUGCAACGGGAGGCUGGUGAGACGGCCAUCCUCGUGGCACCACAGGGUAUCAACAACGGUUGGGCCAAUUCGGGGGGCGAGGACAUCGCAUUCGUCGACGCCAUGUCCAAGUAUAUCGAGGACGCACUUUGUGUCGAUCAACAACAGCGCUUCAGCGUCGGCUUCUCAUACGGAGGCGCCAUGACCUACGCCAUUGCAUGUGCGCGGGCCAAGAAUUUCAAGGGCGUUGCUGUCAUUGCCGGAGGACAGCUUUCUGGGUGCGAUGGAGGUAACGAUCCCGUCGCCUACCUCGGGAUUCACGGAAUCAGCGACGGCACUCUGAACAUCGCGGGGGGACGUGGCCUACGUGACCGCUUUGUAAAGAAUAAUGGUUGUGCAACGACAAACGCGCCGGAGCCGGCGCAGGGCAGCAGAACACACAUCAAAACCGAAUACACUGGGUGCAAGGCUGGCUACCCUGUGACCUGGAUUGCUCACGAUGGCGGUCAUUGGCCUGGUGCGGUGGACAAUGGGCCUGAGAGCGGCGCGAACUCGUGGGUUCCCGGGGAGAUUUGGUCGUUCUUCACAAAUACUUGA